UCCACGCCAUGCAGCGGUGCCUUUCGUCAGCCAGGCUGCCGAGAGGCCGACUCUCCCGCCCUCGCAAAGCGCUCGUCCCGCUGCUGGAAGCAGUCGCCCCCCGGCCACUAGUUCGGAGAGAGGGAAAACAGCUCUGGCGUCUCCCAGUGACUCUACGAGCACGCCGGUGCUGCUCAACCGCGCUGCGGAGAGGACACCACCAGUUUUGGGAACUACCAGCACCUCGGCCGAUGUGGUCGAUGGGGAAACGCUCCUGCCAACCGGCCAGAGCCGCGGGGUUUGGGACAUCGCCACGUCAGAGCAUGCAGCGGGGACGCUGCCUCUGCAUCCGUCCUCGGAUACUGAUCCUCCAGCGAGCAGCUCGGCGAGGAGGGAGCAGCCGUCCGGUCCUCGCGCUGGUGGCACGGGCGUUUCACCCACCGCCUCGAGGAGCAGCGGGGGGACGCUGCCACCUCUGCCCCGCAGCUCUAUCUCAAGCUCGGGGGCACCCAGCUCUCCCGAACACCCCCAGUCCUCACCUAGCGCACCCAGUGCCCGGACUGGUGGGAGUAGCCGCGUGCCAGACCCCAGGCACUUCAUAGAGGACUCCACGAGCCCUUUGCUGAUGGCAUCUCCUGGCUCAGAAACUACUUUCAGAGCCACUGGGAGCAGCCUUCAACCGGUUGGCGACUGGGCAGCAGAAAGCCGCACUUGGGAUUUCCAAACGGGAACAUCCAGCCCUGCAGCCCGGCCCCAGGCCUCGUCCCCGGGGACGUGGGGCAGCAGCGUCUCUCCGGGAGGCACGCUUCUCGCCGGGGCCUCCGUGGACCGCCUGCCGCCACCUCUUCCACCGGCUUGGGGAAGCACUGACCCAGCCAUUGGAAGCAGCUACCAGCCAUCCAACUUCGCAGCAGCAGAGGAGGGAAUGUCUCAUUUUCCUACCACCAGUACGUACGUUCCAACACCAUCCACCAGAGGCGGAGGAAGGACGUUUAGGUCGCUACCAAGCAGCACCAGCCUGACCGAUGCAACAGAGAUUUCCACCUCCAGUAGCGAAACGAUCCGCCCUUUGGAUCAGACCCAGUCCUCUGGGACGUCUUUGGCAGCAGAGGCUGGUGGAGGCACAGGUGCCACCGCACCGUUCAUGGACCCGUUGCUGACGGACUCUGCAUCGACUUUGGAAAGCGCUUCCAAAACCUUUGGAAGCACUUAUGAAGCAAAGAGCAUCUCGACUGCAGAAGAGGGGACUUUGCACUCUGCCACCAGCACCGCUGCUGUGCCUCUGGCGCCACGCACCAGCGCCGCGGAGAAGACAGUGGGGUCUCUGGCCAGCAGCAGCUUCCCCAGAUCCACCUCCAGCGCUGAUGCGCCGGGCUCCUCAGGCAAGCCCUUGUCCUCCGCUGCAGCUCGGACGCCUGGUGUGGGUGGCUUGCAGGGUGCCAUGAGUGCCACAGAGCCUGCCACAGACCCAGUGCUCACAAGGUCACCCUCUGCCUCGGAAGGUGCUUUCACAGGCAUCAGAAGCAGCUACCGACCAACUAACAGCUCAGCUACAGAGAAAAGAGCUGCCGAUUCCUCUACCACCAGCGCAUACGUUUCAGCCACAGCCACCGGCACGGGAGGAAGGACACUGAGGUCCGUAGCAAACAGCAGCAGAUGGGCAGCAGAAGACUCUACUUCUGGCAGUGGCGUGUCCAGGGCCGUAGGUACCAGCCGAUCCUCACCUGUGUCUUCCAUAAGAGAGACCUACGGAGUUAACAGGUUGAGAGAAAUCACAGAUGUCACUGAACCUUUGGCAGACCCUUCGCUAACACAUUCUUACUCUUCUUCAGAAAUGCCUUCCACAGCUACUAGAAGCAGCCAUGUGUCAUUUAGCGUCCUAUCAACAGAGAAAAGAACUGAUUUUCCUACCACCAAUACGUACGUUUCGACACCAUCCACCAGAGGCGGAGGAAGGACGUUUAGGUCGCUACCAAGCAGCACCAGCCUGACCGAUGCAACAGAGAUUUCCACCUCCAGUAGCGAAACGAUCCGCCCUUUGGAUCAGACCCAGUCCUCUGGGACGUCUUUGGCAGCAGAGGCUGGUGGAGGCACAGGUGCCACCGCACCGUUCAUGGACCCGUUGCUGACGGACUCUGAGCCUUCUUCAGAAAGCACUUUCCCAGCCAAAGGAACUAUUAUCUCACCUACAGAAAAAAACAAGUCUGACCCUCCUUUCACCAGCGCGCCCAGCGCAGUGACAGCUACCAGAGGUGUGGAAAGGACCAUGGAGCCUGUAGCCAACAUCAGCGCAGUAGCGACCGGUGCUGCUGAAAGCAGCACAUCCUUGGAUCCGAUCCAUCUGUCGUCUUCUGUAACGGAGGCUGGAAGGCAGCAUAGUAUUUCACAGAGUGAUGAUGAAUUCAGUGAGCUUUCAACGCAGCCACUGCCUAUAUUUUCUUCCAGUGCUUCAAUGUCUUCAUCUUCACCAGAUACUUCUGAGAGAGAAGAAAGGGUUUCCAGCUUUCCCACCGAGAGCCCGUACAUCUCAACUGCCUUCUCCAGGCACGGAGAGGGGACCUCUCAGGCUCCAAUUAACCACAGCACGUGGAGUGAGGUGACAGAAAGCUCCACUUUCAACCCAGACAUCAGGGAGUCACGCUCCAGACCCUUCCCAUCCGCAACAGCAUGGCCUGGAGGAGGACCCGUCCCGUCAAGCGAUGCAGGUUAUACCGAGCCCGGAGUCGAGGUCACACUUUCAUCCAGGGCCUCCACCUACUUCUCUGCCCCACGUGAACCUUCCACCACUGGAAGUAGCCAUCACUCACGGAGCAGCUCAAGUACAGAAAAAAGGAUUUCCAGUGCUUAUACUGACCCUAUGAACAGUUCGGCCACAGUAACUGGAGGUGGAGAGAGGAUGUUGCGAUCUGUGACAAAUGACACGCUGACCCGUGGCACAGAGAGCUCCACAUUGCACGCGGAAAUUGCUCAUUCCUCUGAAGUGAUUCGCUCAGUGUCCAUGGAGCAGAGCAGGACUGCUAAUACCUCAGCGAGCAGCAUGGGCGUCACUGGCUUUGCGACUGAGGCACUGUUUACGCAUUCUUCCAAGAUACCGACUUAUUCUUCUUUCCAAAACGAUCUCUCAAGCUUUCCAAGUAGCCAUCAGCCAGUCAGUAGCGUUGAUACUGAGAAAAGGACCUCUGUUUCUCACACAGACGGCACAUACAUUUCAACCACGUACACCAGAGGCGGAGAAAGGACUCUCCUGUCUAUAUCAAAUAGUAGCACCUCUGCUGACUCCUCGGAAAGUUCCACUUUUUUUUCAGAAAUUUCCAGCCCUUCUGAUUCAUCUCAAUCUUCUUCUGUGACCCAGGACAGAAGAAGCAAUGUCUCCAGCGACGGCAGUUUUAUUGAACCGUCUACUGAGCCUUUGCUAGUACAUUCUUCCAAACCAUUGACCUCUGCUUCCACAGGCAGCGUACAAAAUACGACCAUCUUCGAUACUGACUCUGAGUUGUUGCCUACUGGCAGAUCAUCUCUAUCUGCAUCAGCAUUUCCGUCCUCUUCCUCAGUGUCGUCGCUGCAUCGCUCACUGUCGUCAACACCGUCACCAACUUAUCUGUUUGCAUCAUCAGAGUCUUCCAAGCUGCUGUCUUCCUCUGCGAUGCCAUCGUCGCCCCCUCUACAGGCUUUGUCAACCGCUGUACCCACUUCCUCAUUGCUUUCCUCAUCUUAUUCGUUAACAUCUUUAUUACCUCUGUUUUCUUCAUCAUCUUCCGUGUCACAGUCCAACGACAGUGGUCAAGCAAGCACCUCUGUAGCCACCACUGAAGUCAGACAGGAACCCUCUACAGCUGCCAUCGUUGGGAGCUCACCCAGAGAGACCAGCAAGUCCAGCGGAACGCACCAGCCCCAAAACAGCACUGUCUUUGUCUCUGCAGGGUCUCCUCCUCUUCCCACAGAGCCCAUGGAGCAGCUCAGCAGCCGCGCUGUAUCCGUAUCUGCUUCUGUGCAGGUAACUGAGAGCCCUUCACCAAGGGUUACUUCUCCCAAGGGGGGCAGCUUUGGAAACACAACGCCGCUGCACACCACAGCUGGCGAUACCCCGCGUCCUGGGACAACAGAAGCACCCCACGGUGCCUUACCGAGCACAACAAACCAAAGCGUUGUCCCCCCUGUGGUGGCACUGACUACAGAGAAACCUGCUGUGCUGACAACACCUGCAGUUGGCAGACCAACCCUGGCUCAUCCUAGCACUACAAAAGCCCACAGACCUCAAACGCCUGCUGCCACUAAAACAGUUUAUGCCACUGGUGAAAGUACAGAAGCUGUGGCUCCUAGCACUUCAAAUACUGGUAAAGUCACCGAGGAAAACAUCCCGGUUACAAGUCCUCCUGAGGCACCUCCAUCCACCAAGACCACUGUAAGCGUUGCAACUACUUUGGCCGCUGCUACCAAACCAACGACUGUCCCUCUGUUGAGUAGCACAGCAGUGCUGAGGACGUCAUCGCCUGUAGCAGAUGUGGAUGAAUGUCUUUCCAAUCCUUGUCCUGCGCUGGCCACAUGCAACAACACCCAUGGCUCCUACAUCUGUCAGUGUCCUCUUGGGUAUGAGCUGGAAAAAGGAAAGUGCAAUUUAGUAAGAAUAUUUAUUGGCCAGGUUCCCCUGAAACCGAAUAUCACUCAUGGGAAGUAUGCAGAACUCGUCCAGGUCGAGGGCGAAAUCCUCGCAAUGGUGAGUGUCACUGCCAGGGUGUCAGCAAAUGCUGCGUCGUACAGGUUCCCUCCAGAGCUCUUACGGCUGCUGCAGGAAGCCACGAGACCCUGGGAGGCCCACGUUGUCCACGUUUCGGUGCGAUCCACCUUCUCUUUAGCCUCCAACGUGACGUUCUACGACGUCGUCAGCAGCGUGAAGAGCUACGUCCGAGCGUGCGCGUCCCCCCCGGAGACCUGCCAGUUCAUCGCCAGCCUGAAAGCGCUCCACAGAGUUGGCAGCUUGUGCAAACAGAAAGACCCCGAAUGUGACAAGGAAACCUCCGAAUGCACCGACUUCGAUGGCGUUGCGCUCUGCCAGUGCAAAAGUGGUUAUUUCAAAUACAACAAGAUGGACCAUUCCUGCAGAGCCUGCGAAGAUGGAUAUAAGCUGGAAAAUGAGACCUGCGUGAGCUGCCCAUUCGGCUUAGGCGGCUUCAACUGUGGAAACCCAUACCAACUCAUCACUGUGGUGAUUGCGGCUGCAGGAGGGGGACUUCUGCUCAUCCUGGGCAUAGCGCUGAUAAUAACCUGCUGCCGGAAGAAUAAAAAUGACAUAAGUAAACUCAUUUUCAAGAGUGGGGAUUUCCAGAUGUCACCAUAUGCUGAGUAUCCAAAGAACCCGAGAGCGCAGGAGUGGGGCAGAGAGACCAUCGAGAUGCAGGAGAAUGGAAGCACUAAGAACCUGUUGCAGAUGACAGAUGUAUAUUAUUCGCCAACUGGACUGAGAAAUCCUGAACUGGAAAGAAAUGGACUUUAUCCUCCCUACACUGGUUUGCCUGGAUCUCGACAUUCAUGCAUCUACCCUGGACAGUACAAUCCAUCCUUCAUUAGCGACGAAACCAGAAGAAGAGACUAUUUUUAGCGAGACAGAGAGGGAGUGGAAGAUUGACACAGUUUUGUGGCCCUUGAGCACCAGGUGCUUGCCCGCUGUCUCCUGGCAGUUCAGCCCACAUCAGUCUUGCUCUUCCCAUCUAACAACAGGAAGGACUUUGAACUCAAUGCAGGGCAUUGCUGCCCUGAGAAACUGUUAGGCUUGUUGAGCAGCCAAGAGAAGAUGGAGGAGGGAACGGUUCAAGGUGCAGACCAGUGAAAGACGCAGGUGGAAGCUAACGUGUGCCCUGUUUUCGCACCGUGCUGCUUCUUCACUCCACGCUACGGGGCAAGCAUAGAUGAGCGCAGGCAGACGAGCGGUGCCCAGCACUCUGAAUCGAAUACCACUAGGGAGUGUGUUGUUUACAGAUCUUGUUCACUGUCAGGCCGAUGACUGUGCUUGUCUUCUUAGUCAGCCUUCGUGCAAAGAGUCACCGUGUGACUGCUUUUGGUAGCAGAAGUGUGUCAGCAACCAUUUCUCCUGCCACGUUGCCUUCUGCUUCCUGCACGGGAGGGGAGCUGGCUUGUCCUCUAGCCCUUACGUUCUUGCUGGUAGAAGUUCUCCAAAAGGCUCAGUCCUUACUGAAGCCUGGCAAUGUUGGCUGAAUUGGUGGGUUGGUUAUCUCCAACAGAAAAGUUAGUCAUACCACUGCAAUGCAAACUGAAAAAGAGAUGUAGCUGAUCCCGUGCACUACUCCUGUAUGCAGGGAAAAGUCUCGGUGAGUCAUCCUUUUGUCACGCAGCAUUGUUCAGAAGUGAUACCUCUAUAGGUCAUCAUAGCACUUCCGUGUAGGAUUUUAAGGGGCUCUGCUUCCCUGCAGGGUUUUACAUGCCUGUAAAACAGUAAUAUAACUUACAAUAGUUGCUAACAGGAAAAUUUACUACAAGGAAGAAAAAUAUGAGCUGGGAAUUCACCAUGCUCCUUGCAUGGAAUUUGAGUGAGAGUGAUAAUGCUGUAGCCCUUGUUGGGCAGGCAGAACGUGAAUGCUGGACACCGCAGGUGGGACACAGCUUUCAGGCCUUCACAGCCCACCCUGACUUCAGUAGGAGCCGUGGAGGAGGACUCAGUACAUCUGCAAAUGCGGCUCGCCGCAGUCGGUUGCAUUUGACAAGAGAAAAACGGGAUGCUUUGAAUCCUGGCAGAGCAAAGAUCACACAUUUCAAAUUGUUUUGCCUUCAUCCAUCCUAGUUUUGAUUGAUUCGGAUUGGGCAGGUUUCCUCACAUAGCUGUGUUAAUUUACAUUAAUCGGCUUGGCAUAAACUGCAGAAUAUAAGUCAGUAUAUGCCUCACCAAAGAGCAGAUAUAAAGCUUAUUGACUUUAUUCCUCCCUGAGCUGGGCGUUGAAAGAGAUGUUUAUUAUGAAGUAUUUUUACACUUACCUUAAAGGCAAAGAUAAACUGAAUCAUCCAAGACCUGUCCAAAUGCACUAAUCCUUACUUUAAAUAUUGUUGUUCUUUUCAUUCAAGCUGGCUGCUUGCAUGAGGACAGCAAAUAAUAGUGUUAUUUCCUUAGCUAUUAACCUGCCAUCUCUGUAACGUGACAUAAGCUAACUUCAGCGAAAGGAGUGUACUUCCCGGUACUCCCUUCUCCCCCUCAGUGCUCAGAGAGACAAAGUGCCAACGACGAGUUCAUAAGGUAGCUCAGCUGAUGGGAGCGUUGAGGACCAUGGGACGUGCCCCCCAAAGUGCCUACCCCCAAGUGAGAGCAGCAGGGUGAAUGGCGAAGUGCUGCACAGCUGCUCCCCUGCAGCAGUCCCCCUGCGGUGAGGGGGUGCCCUCGGUCAGGGAGCAGUCACAGUACUCGUGUCCUGCAGGCGCUGGGAGCCUCCAGAUCCUUUCCCAGCACUCCGAAGGCUGUUGUGUUCCCUACCCAAAGUGAGAACUACCUAGAGGAGGACAAGCGAGUACAAGCCGUUCAUCAGCUGCAUGGACUAAGGGGUUUCUGGUCCCUGCUCACAUCUGCUUCUGUGUUCUCCAGCUUGCAAGGUGGCAGAAGCACCGCAAACGUGCCUGGGAAGACACAGUUUGGUGCCCCAUCUGUAGCAUACACGCGCAGUGUCACUUCAAGCCUCACCCGUUACCUGCUGUGUAGAAACGGCUGUGUGGUCCUGCAGAGAAACUUUGUGGAUGUCCAGGGGCAGUGUGCUUCACUCUUGUUACGUGAUAUUAUGGCAACGAUGCAGCCGACUUCACAUCUGCCUGAUCCGCAGUUGGACUCACAGGUAGCACACGGCUUGUCUCAGACUGAGGAGGAAGUGAUUAGCUUCUCGUGGGAAGUACAGCUGCCUAAGGGGCUCUAUUUAAUGGAAAACUCUAGUUACAGUGUGCGAAAUAGCUUAGCAGGUAAAGCACAAAAAGUAACUGCCCUCUGCCACUCUUCUCAGUGUUUCCACCUAGUAAAUGAUGUUCUCCUCCAAUUCAUUAGUAGCCAAUACCCUAAUUAUACAGGGUCCAUUGGAUGAUGUGAACUAAGGGCUUGGCCCUACCGUGCUCUGGGGGCUCCCAGUGAGGACAUUGGCGAGGUUCACAGUCUCUCUGAGGGUGAGUUGCUUCUUUUGCAUGGCACCAGCUCUGUUUUUGCUGAGUGCCUGGGUUGGAAAGGGCCACCUUUCCCACAGCACAGAGGAGGGUUUUGUCUCUGUUAUGUGUGAAAGGGGGAAGCUGGGACUUGCUGCUGACUCUGAAUCCAAAGCACUUAGACAAGCACUGGGAUCUAUUCCUGUACAUUUAGAGAAGCUUAGCAAAAAGUGAGCAUGUCCCAGCAAUGACAGUAGGAUUUAACCAUGUGCCUGCAUUUCAUCAGGCAGUGAAAUGUUUAGGCAUGUGCUUAUUGGCAAAUGUGUUUAAUUGCUUGGUUAGUUCAAAGAUUGUGUAUGGGGAAGUGUGCCUGUAUGUGCGAAGUGGGUACUGCGAAGGACAGACGUUGAACUAUCAACUCAGUAUUUCUAUAGAACGAGUAACGUUUGGGUUCUAUUAACCAAACUCCUGGCCGAUAUGUCUCACGGCGAAUUGCAAGAACUUUGAGUAGAAAACGUGAUAGAAUUAUUUCUAAUUCACAUUGCACAGAAGUUUGCAAGUAGUUCAUUUUCAUUUCUUAAAAACGUUAACCUUAAUAACCUUAAUUCUCCUUAGUGCUGUAACUGGAGUGAAAGGGUCUCAAUAAACCCAGCAGGAUUUUCUGAGUGAGGAGUGCAAAACUUGGCCUUUUCCAAAAGAGAUACCUGAGCUUUAUAGCACUGAAAUGUUAUCCCUGUCAGAGGAGGUAAACACUGGAAAAUUGACUGUGUGCAUUUGUCCUUUGCAACCUCACCUUCCUUUUAGUUUUGGUGACAAAGGAGUCAUGGAGCAGUUGUGUAGUCCACAGGCAGGAGGAGAGGGGUCUCUCCUGACCUGGCAGCAUCUUCUCCGGGUGUCCUAGGAGUCCCCGUUGAGCUGGGAGGAGAAGAUUUAAGCAGCAGCCAGCACCGGCUUUAACAGGGCUGCUUUCCCGUGCAGUGAGUUUCAGGAAGUCUUUGCGGAGCUGGCGCUCGGCAGCGAGCACUUAGUGAGCGCAGCGCUCGGCCAGCCCAGCCGU